GAAGAAAUAGCUUAUAAUGAAGAUUGUGAUAAAAGCUGUGUAAUGAAUGACUAAACACUCUUCCUUGUCCUCUAUGUGCUUUCAAACCUCCCAAGGCCGGCCAAAGGCCAAACUCUCUCUCUCUAUCUCUAACCCUUCUCUCUCUACCCAAUUCUGCUCUUUUUGGCUUCAAUAUUUCAUCUUGGUUCAAUAAACAACCAGAGAUGAAAUCGGUUUUUCCAUGAAGAGAAUCAGAGACAUCUGGAGCGCACCGACAAAUCCCGAUCUUCAGGUGCACUCGAACACUCUCUCUUUCCGGUUUUUCAAAGGUGUGUCGAUCUGAAUUUGAGUAUAUAUUCGUGGGUUUGAUUUGUAAUUUGGGUUAGAUUGGUUGGUUUUCAAUCUCAAUUUCGAUAUCGUUUUCAAUUUCUGGGUUCAAUCCAAAUGGUCUGUUUCCAUAACUCAAUUUCGGUUGACCAACACAUGGACAUGUCUAAAUCUGUGAACUCAACCGAUUCUGGCUUGAAACUGAGACAGAUUCAUCAUGUACAGAAGAACAAAAAGUCACCCAAUUCGCCCAAUCACCUCAAUAUUCCCGCCUGCGAACGAUCUCGAUCGGCCGUUGUCGAUGUGGUAAUCUUGAUUGCUGUGAUUGGUGCUUGUGGGUUUUUACUGUUUCCCUAUAUAAUGCUUGUAUUCUAUAAGACUGCUGAAAUUGUUGGAGAAAUCGUUUAUGUGGUGCAAGAUGAGAUUUUGCGAGCUCCAAUGAUUUUUGGGUGUUUAGGACUUAGCAUUUUGUUUGCAGUGAUAGCUGUCUUGGCAAUUACUGUGUGUACGAGUCGGAAAUGUGGAAAACCGGGCUGUCCUGGAUUAAGGAAAGCCGCGGAAUUCGAUAUCCAGCUUGAGACACAGGAGUGUGUGAAGAGCUCCAAUAAUUUGCCUAAAGAUGGUGUGAAGAAGGGUUUGUUCGAAUUGCCUCGGGAUCACCAUAGAGAAUUGGAAGCUGAGCUGAAGAAGAUGGCGCCCCCUAAUGGAAGAGCUGUUCUUGUGUUUCGGGCAAGGUGUGGAUGUUCUGUUGGAAAGAUGGAAGUUCCAGGUCCAAAGAAGUCUCGAAAGGUUAAGAAGUAGUGUUAUAUGGUUGCUAAAUUAAUAGGAAAGAAUAUCCAAUACACUGAGUACUUAUAAUGUGGAGAAGUUUCUUUUCUGUUCAAUCUUCUCUGAACUAUAAUGUCUUUAAAUAAUCUCACAUCAAUAAGUUAUAAGGAUUAUAUAUUUAUAUAUGGUUCACUAUAGUGGGAAUAUAAGAAUCCUUUAUUUCAUAA